UAUCGCUGGGCCUGAUUUGCAAGGAAGCAAGUUCAGCGUUGUUUUGUCUAUGAAUUAAAGAGCGUGUCAGCUUUGAACGCGGGCAGGCAAUCCUGGCGAAUGGAGAACACCUAGCUUGGUUCAUUUUCCGAGAGGGUAGGUAGGUGGCCACUCCCAGUUAAAAAGGCUCGUGGUCUUCACACGGCACAUCGCGCCAGUCAACAUGGGCACAGCGCUAUGAGUGAGAAUAUCAAGGUGCGGUGCAUUUUCACAUGUGUGAGAGGCAGCCAUUCUUUCUCUGGCAGAUCACAAGCCGGCUGUAUGGGUUGCAUAUGAAUAAACAUCCCCAACGAUGUCUCCAAAAGGAAAUAAUAAAAUGAACUGAGAUGAGCAAAGAAACGCCUAUAAAAACUUUCAGUUGAAUUUCUCGUCGUGGCGUUACCUCGCAAAGACAACAAGGACUGUUGUUGGAAAUAUUUCAACACGAUAAGUCGUCCUCAAGGUUGUUUACUUGAAUAUAUGCCGAAAUUGUUAUGGUAAACAAUUACAUCCUUUACCUACCGGGUCAAGUUGGACUGUGAAAUAGUCCACGGAAUUAUAGCCACGAUUGGUGCACGUUCUAAUUUUCGGUGCCAUCACUCGUCAGCUUGGUGGUUUGGGCAUAUACUUGGAUAAUACGAUCGAAAUAGUCUCAAGGGGUUGUUAAUGUCGAUGGUAAAAACACGAACAGACUGGCUUACGGAAUGAGGGCAACGGAGACUUUGUUGUGAACAAACAAGUGUCAUUCAUAGGGACCAACCUGGGAGAACAAUCGAGCUCUAGUGUGAAAAACCGGCGUUCGUGUACGCGCUUGCCAUGACUCUUUUGUGAAAAUUCUGCUUUCGUUGUAGCGAAACUGUUGUGUAACUGUUGUUCACUUAUAACACGGAGAUAGGAAGUGAAUGUUCCCCGGACUUCGAGGAGGCAAGCAUAUCUCUCAGUUGCAUUCAUUUCCUCUUGUGUCUUACGUCCGUUUUAUAAAGAGCUUCACACAAGAAGCGCUGCGCGGAGCACAGUUAUCAGUGCAUGAAGUGAGGGGCUCGUGUCAUGGCCCGAGUGUGAGGUCGUGUGAGGUUGUGUGAGGUUGUGUGUUCAAGCCAUGAGGCUGCCCCGCGGUGGGAAUCUGUUCGGGAGGGGAUCUUCCCCUGUCAUUGUGACCCUCCUGGCGUGUGUUGUGACACUUCAGUUUCUACUGCUGACGCGACAACAACCUGUUAAGGAUCUGAGGUUGGAACGGGUGCACAGCCAGAGAGACAUCAUGGAAGUACGCGAGGAACGGAUGGAGCCAGUGAAGGAAUGUUCCUGUGGGACUUCUAUUGUGCCGGGAACGACGCCGGAUCCAAAUCCUCUCUUGUUUCCUGUACCGAAACGCGACAAAGCGUUUUUAACAAUAGGAAUCCCAACGAUCAAACGCAAGGGAGCGUCCUAUUAUGCUCAUACGAUAAAGUCAUUGGUGUCUAACAUGUCUCCAGCGGAACGGAAAGAAGUCCUGAUUGUGGUGUUUUUGGCCGAUACGGACCCUACAGUUAAAGCAGAGCUAGCGGGGGACAUCAGGCGUAACUUCAGUGAUGCUAUUGACGCAGGAAUGCUUCACGUGAUCCACACUCCAAGUAGCUAUUAUCCAAACUUGACUAUAACGAAAUUCACAUACGGUCAGGAAAAACACUACAUACAAUGGCGAGCGAAACAAAAUUUUGAUUAUGCUUUCAUGUUUGAAUACAGUUUAGAUAUUUCAAAGUAUUAUAUGCAAAUUGAAGACGACGUCAUAACGGUUGACGGAUACAUCGGCGCCAUUAAACAGUACAUCGCAGAACAGCCGGAUUCGACAUGGACGUGUUUGGAAUUUUCAGAACUUGGAUUUAUAGGGAAGUUGUACAAGAAUUCGGACUUGCAGAAGCUAGCUUCCUUGUUGAAAUUAUUUUAUGAGGAACAGCCUGUGGAUUAUACGUACUUGUAUUUCAAUAUGCUGAACACGCAAAUGGUACAACGCUUACGUAAACCGACGUUGUUUCAACACCAAGGAAUUCACUCGUCCUACCCUGGCAAAAUCCAGCCCCUGAAAGACAGGUUUUUUGAUCAGAUGACAAAACUAUACAAGGGAGAUAACCCACCAGCGGAAGUUUUUACAUCAAUGAAAUCAUUUUUGACGUUCCUUCCGAGACUAGCUUAUGAGAAAACGGAGGGUUAUUUUUGGACACAUGGUUCACCAAGUGACGGUGACAGUUUCACCAUCGUUUUCCAGGAACCGCAUCGGCUGCGAAGAGUUAUCAUAGAUACUGGGUCAGUAGGUCACCCAGAGGACAGACUGCUCAGCGGUCACUUAGAGGCCAGUUUGACCUUACUGAAAACCGAGGUCAAUAUACAAUGUAUGAACGAUAUCAUGAUCGGUGAAUUCAAAGAUGGACGAAUUGACGUUGGUUCCCUUGAGGAAAGUAUCAAGUUCAAGGCCAUGUGUUUAAGGGUCAAGAUUACAAAGCACCAAGAGCCUUGGUUGAUUGUACGAGAGAUUGCAGUGUUUACUGCGGCGUGAAAGAUGAGAUUUGUCUGAAUGAUGUUUGUGAUGAAGAUGGUAUAUAUUUACAUGACUGUGUGUAUGUUUGUGGGGGGAAACUAAACUUGGAUACAUUGAUGAGUGCAUGAUGUGAAUGUACCAUCACAUUAAUGUGCAAUAACACUUCCUGCUCGAAAACAGCACCACAACCAGGAGCAAGCAUAAUAUCUUUAUCGCCAAGCAUACAGGGUAUAUCUUACAACACAUACGCGCCCUUUUAACUUCGUUGGAAGCAUGGUUGGCCCAGUUAUCUGAGGCGCUCCCGCGGGCGUGUGUGAGUUGGGGUUUACGCCGCGUUUGGCAAUAUCUGUCGUACAGACCCUGAAACAAAUAUAUCCAAUACAGCCCAUGCAAGUGUAUAAUAUUUGGCAAGUCUAGAUUACUGCAGUAUUAGUCUGUGAUACAGACCCUGAAACAAAUAUAUCCAAUACAGCCCA